AUGGCAAAAAGAAAAAGAAAUAUUGUAUCGUGCGCUGCCUGCAGAGUACAACGUAAAAAAUGUUCAGAAGAAUGCAUUUUUGCUCCUCAUUUUCCUCAAGACGCUCCUGAAAAGUUCACAGUCGUGCACAGCGUGUAUGGAACCAACUAUGUCAUCAAACUGCUUCAAGGUUUGGAGAUUCAGCAAAGAGCGGAUGCAGCAAAUAAUUUGGUGUGUGAAGCAAGUGCAAGAGUGAAGGACCCCAUCCAGGGAAGUGCCGGAGUAAUCCAUGAACUACAGAAACGUAUAUCUGAUUUAGAAUCUCAGUUGGCAAGCAAGCAACAAGAGCUCAUGAAUAUGCAUUCAAUGUUUGAUAAGAUUUUAUUUCCCAUGUGUGAUGGAUCUUGUGAUUCUCAAGAUAUUUUGUACCACACUAGUUCAACCGAAGAUAUUAUGUAUGAGGAGUUGGGUUCAGUGUUGUGGGAGCCAAUAUGAGGCUGAGUUGAUGAAAGUGAUUCUUA